AUGUACCGAGUCGCGAAAGCGUCGGAGUACCUGGCGAUCACCGGCGUCGGGAUCAAGGACAUCAAGCUCGCCAAGAAGUCAUGGAUCUUCCCCGGCCAAUCCUGCACCAAGUUCGACAUCUCCCCGGUCAACUACACCUUCGAGGUCCAGGCCAUGUCCGCCAAGAAGCUCCCCUUCAUCCUCCCCGCCGUCUUCACGAUCGGCCCGCGCUACGACGACGACGACGCCCUGCUCAAGUACGCGAAGCUGAUCUGCCCCCACGACGGGCUCACGAAGCAGAACGCGGCCAAGAUCGACGCCGAGACUAAGAUUAUUGCGAUUCAGAGGGAGGGGGAAGGUAAGAAGGAGGAGAUCAAUGUGAAGGCCAAGGUCAAGAUCUACGAGAAUCUGAGGGAGGCAGAGGUCGCCGAGGCGAACGCCGAGUUGGCUCAGAAGAAGGCCGGUUGGACUCAGGCUUCCCGAGUCGCGGAGGUCGAAUCGGAGAAGGCGGUGGCGCUCCGCGACGCCGAGCUGCAGAGGGAAGUCGAGCGGAUGAACGCCCUCGCCACUACUGAAAAGCUCAAGGCCGAGCUCCUCACCAAAGCCAGCGUCGAGUACGACACCAAGGUACAAGAGGCGAAUUGGGACCUGUACAACAAGCAGAAGGCGGCGGAGGGAGUGCUGUACGGGAGAGAGAAGGAGGCGGAGGCGCAGAUGGCGGCGGCGAAGGCGGCGUUCUUCGCGCGGCAGCAGGCGGCGGACGCGGAGCUAUACGGGAAGCAGAAGGAGGCGGAAGGGAUGAUGGCGCUGGCCAAGGCGCAGGGGUUUUACUUGAAGACUCUGCUGGAGGCGGUGGGAGGGGAUUAUGGUGCGUUGAGGGAUUACCUGAUGAUCAACGGCGGCAUGUUUCAGCAGCUGGCGAAGAUCAAUGCGGACGCCGUCCGCGGGCUGCAGCCGAAGCUGAGCAUCUGGACCGGCGGGGAUGCCGCCGGCGGCGGCGGCGGGAAUGGGGAUGGGCUUGGCGGUGGGGCGAUGAAG